AUGGAUGUUCGACGUCAAUUUCCAAAUGUGCACUGGAUCUGGGGUGGAGGUAUCUCUUUCGUUUACGAGGUUCACCCUCGCAUUGUGGUCAAAGUUCCGAAGUCUGGAGAAUUUGAGAGGGAUCAAUUUCGCAAAGAGCUCGAAAUAUAUCGAAUAUUCGCCCAAAACCCCCCUUGUCCCUCCAUUGUCCAGUGUUUUCACUUUUCAGAUAGUGGCAUCUUCCUCGAGUAUAUGAGAGGUGCGACCCCUGUUAGCGGAUACAAAAAAAAUCAUACUCGGGACCAGCAAAACAUGGUGGUUACUACAGUAGAAAAGUUGGAACCUCUAUCCCUACGGAAAGAAUGGAUGAACGAUCUCGCCCAGGCCGUCGCCUUCUUGGAAUCCCUUAAUCUGGCCCAUGGGGAUUUACGUCCUGAAAAUAUUCUACUUGAUCGCGACCGACUGAAGCUAUCUGAUUUUGAUUGUACGACGAAAACUGGAACAAUUUUUGAAGCUUGCAUGGCUCCGUAUGGCAGAAUACUUAAUAUCAAUGAGUCAGACCAGGGAGAAUGUGGAACUGCUGGCUUUCUUGGCCCUCGGACGGAACAGUUCGCUCUCGGUUCCUUAUACUAUUUGAUAAACUACGGUUUCGAAGUCUAUGGAGAUCGAUGUCUAACCGAGGACCCUUACGAGCAUGGUCCUAAAGUCGUGGAUUUACUACAGAGUAUGGAGUUUCCUGAUUUAAACGGCGACCCCCUGAUUGACAACAUCAUCGACAAAUGUUGGCAUAACAAAUAUGCCACAGUUUCAGAAUUAGCUGCGCACACAAAGAUGCUUUUGAAGCAAAGAGUUGAUGCAGUGGAAAGUCAUGGAAGCAAAAGGAAAAAGAGUAGCGACGUGGUAACUCUCGUGGAAGCAGCAUUCAUUGAAUCAUGGCGUGUGGUUAUGAGUCGCAUAACCCGUGGGAUAUAUUGUUGCCUCAGAAGGUGGUGGAGGUCGUUGUGGCGCAUUAAUGACGAGAUAACAGAGAAACCAAAUGGUGAUAAUCGUGGUGACAAGGAUCAGAGCCACUCAGGAGAGGAUUUCCUUUCGAAGAAGGCAUUCUGUCAGGACAUGGAGAAGCGUGGACUUCUUCACGUACUUUCGUCAGGCGAGCCCGAGCAAAUUGGAUUCACUUUCGAUUGGUAUAGGUAUAGCCUUUCGUGUUGA